ACUGUAAUGUGGCGGUUGAGAGAGGGAUACACCACGCUGGGGCCCUGGGGAGAUCCUGAACGGUUUCUUGGGGGCCACUCCCCUUCGGGCGUUUACAUCUCCCCGGGCCCUCAAGGACUCUCUGCUCCCACAUGAAACAGGUGGGGGCUGCCGUCGCGGCAGCAACAUGCAGGCGGAACUGAAGACAUCGGUGCUUUGUUGCCAGGGGAGGGGAGGCCGGGCGGGCUGUGCACUGAUACCCCGGCAGCGAGAGAGGGGCAGCGGCGUGAUCUGCAGUUGGCCUAACUACAGUAUGGUGCUGUUUCGAUAUUUGUUCCAGCUCUACAAACGAUUGCUUCUGUCCAGUUUAGAAACUAGCUCAAUAAAUGUAGGUAUUUGGGCCAGAAAUAUUCAUUCUUCAGCAGAAAGGCUGGAAGUGACUUAUGACUAUGGAAUUAAAAAACAAACGAUGUAUAACCAUGAAAUUCAAAAGCUACAUCAAAGUGCAGAUGAUGAAGAUUGUAGAAGACCACACAUACCUGUGAUGGUGAAAGAAGUUGUUAAUUGUUUAUCACCCCAACAAGGACAGCGUAUGCUUGAUAUGACGUUUGGAGCAGGAGGUCAUACUACAGCUCUUCUACAGAAAGUAACUAAUAUUACAAUAUAUGCACUAGACAGAGACCCAGCAGCUUAUAAAAUAGCUCGUCAACUUUCAGAAUCAUAUCCGAAACAGAUUCAAGCUCUUCUAGGGCAGUUUAGCCAAGCAGAAACCUUGUUAAUCUCGGCUGGAGUGGAGCCCGGAAUGCUAGACGGAGUUCUUUUGGAUGCUGGGUGUUCCUCUAUGCAGCUUGAUACUCCUGAAAGAGGUUUUUCCCUGCGAAAGGAUGGCCCUUUGGAUAUGAGGAUGGAUAGUGGCAGGUAUCCUGACAUGCCCACCGCUGCUGAUGUUGUGAAUGCUUUAGAUCAACAGGCGCUUGCGUCCAUCCUGAGAACAUACGGGGAGGAAAGGCACGCCAAGAAAAUAGCUUCAGCAGUCAUUCAGGCACGCAGCAUCUACCCCAUCACCAGAACUCAGCAGCUUGCCAGCAUUGUUGCAGGUGCUUUUCCAGCAGGAGCUUUGUACGCCCGAAAAGACUUACUUCAGAGACCUACACAUGUUGCCACCAAAACUUUCCAAGCGUUGCGUAUAUUUGUGAAUGAUGAGCUCCGUGAACUCUAUGUAGGGUUGAAGAUAGCUGAGAAGUUUCUGAAACCUGGAGGUCGACUUGUAGCCCUUUCUUUUCAUUCACUAGAGGAUCGUAUCAUCAAACGAUUCCUUCAAGGAAUAGAUGUUUCAGAAAAGUUCAACCUUAACAUAAGACAGAAAAUAAGACAAGGACAAAAAAAUUAUUCAGAACAAGAUGUGGAAGAAUUCUCCAGUGAAAAAUGCAACUCAAGGUGGACAUAUAUACAGAAAAAAGUGCUUACUCCCCAGGCUGCAGAUGUUCAAGAGAACCCAAGAGGACGGUCUGCCAAACUAAGAGCUGCUAUUAAACUGUAAAAUAAAAUAAAAUACUCUGAUUUUCUCUUUAUAUUAAAUAUGCUUUUGUAAAUUUUCAUCAUUCAUCAUGGUCACAUUGAAGAAUAAAAGGAAAGGAAAUAAUUGAUAUCUUAGGAUAGAGUCUGACUUCUGUCGUCAGUCUUCAGUUUUAAUUAAGCUGUGGAAUUGAAACAUGGAGCAUCACGUGGUAAAGCAAGUCUAAAUCAAUGGGCAUAACUAAUAUUAUUAAUUUCUUUAGAAAAACAGUUCUUGAAACAUAAGGCUCAGGUAUCUAUAAUAGCAACACUUGUAUGUACAACUUAAACAUAUAGGGCUCUAUCCACCUAGUAAUCCACAACAUAAACUCCCAUUGAACUAUUCCAACUUCAGUUCCACAAUUGAUCAUGUUGUGCCUUAUUGUUUGAACAUAUACAUUCUUUAAAACAGCUAAAAUUUGAAGUCUAUUUAAAAUUCUUGUAUGAGAAACAUCAUAGAUUGAAAAUUAAUAUUGGCUCCUUUUACAUCUUAUUAAACAAUUAAUUUUUUUAAAAAAUGAUAUAAAAAGUAGCUUAGGUUUCAUCUACUUUAACUUCUUCCUCCCUUUACAAAAGAAAAAAGAAAAGAAAGAAGUGUUCUCUUUAUUUGGACAAUCAAAAUGUGUGGCAGAAUUUCACUUCUGAUGAGUCAGUAGCUUGACCAACUAGAAGAGGAAACAUGAUUUCUGUCUCUGAAUUUGAAUGGUUAUUACACUAGCUUGUAAAAGAAAACUGACUGGCUGCUUUUAAAACUCCAGACCUGAUUCUGAUGUCACCAAUUUUAUACUGGUGUAAGCUCAGUGACAUCAGUACUUAUUCCUGAUUCAGACCUGAGCAAAUGAGAUCAAAAUUGCAUCUUCCAUGUGUAAUAAAUUGAAAUAGCAAUAUCCUAAUUAAUUCCUUUGGUAACAUUACACUGAUAUUGGCAAAUUUCUCAUAAAUACCCAGAGAUAUGACAUUGGAUGAUGCAAAUCACUGAUAGGAAGUAAGAGAUGAAUAAUAAUAGACAUGUUAUACUUUUCUGAAAGUGUACUGUUUUUCCUAGUUUUUAUUAUACAUAGUAUUAAAUAUAAAUACAAACAUUCCACUUCAAAUAAUAAUACUUAAUGUUGACAUCUGUUAGAAACAACAGACUGUAUUUAAAUAGAUAUUUUCCCCUCCAAACAUUAUAUAUGAAUAGUUUAAGUUAUUUUUGGUUAAAGUUGUACCUUGAACUGCAUCCCCAUUUGAAGUUUUUAAAAGAUUUUUAUGGCUGAAACAUUUAGGUUCAGAACAACGUGGUGCCGUGCUGUGGUUCAGGUAGACGCACAGAGAGACAUGCAAUUGCAACAAAGGUAAGUGCUGCAUUAAUAAUAUCCCAAAAGAGUUAUGGAAGAGUCAGUGCUGCUUCUAACCGUUUGCAUAGGGGUAUCUCCAAAAUGCCAGCCCUUCCAUUUCCAUAAGUAUGGUUGCUCAUACCAAUUGGGUCAAUAUAUCAUGAACAUAGGGAGAACAUAUGUCCCACUGCAAAUAUUCUUUCAAUCUGGCUUAUUUUGUGCUCGCCUGGAGUUUGCCGAGUCCCAUAAAAAUCUCUGGGUGGGGUUAGUUGAAGCAUGCUUGUGUAUCUUGAACUGUUUCAGUUUCCCUCAGUAGAUAGAGUAGCAUACAUUUGGAUACCACUUUGAACACCUUGUUGUAUUAUGGUGCAAGUCGGGGCCCAGAGCACAGAGAGAAUGUGGGGUUGCAACAAAGUUAAAUGCUUAUUCAGUAACAACCUUGAAGUGACAUGGAAGAGUCAGCAGUAUUUCUGGGGAUAGUGAGGCCUAAUAUAUUUUCUCUCAGAUUAAGUUCUGUCCAGUACACAGAGAGGUAGUAGUGUAUUUUAAUUCCCUUACAAUGGUGUGAUCUAAAUGUAUUUCACUUGUGGAAAAUACCACCUCACUGAAAAUCAAACAAGACUUCUCAGAGGAUGAAAAUGCAUAUAUAUCUUUUCUGGAAUUUUUACUUGCAACCUGAACAACAUGCAUUUCAACACAACCAAAUGCAAUGUCAUACAUCUAGGAACAAAGAAUAGAGGCCACACUUACAAGGAAUGCAGAUAUACUAAGAAGGUCUUGGGGGACAUAAUAGAUAUCCAUUUGAUCAUGAGCUCCUAAUAUAAUGGUAUAAAGGGCAAACAGGAUCCUCGUAUGUAUAAGCAAGACAAUAACAAGUAGGAGUAGAGAGAUGAUAUUACCCAUGUACUAAAGUACUGUGUCUCUUUCUGGUGUCCACACAUGAAAAAGGAUGUUGAAAUAUUGGAAAGCAUUCAAAAAGCAACUCCAAGAAUGAUUUGAAAUCAGAAAAACAUGCUGUAUAGCAAGAGGCUUAGGAAGUUCAAUCUAUUUUGUUCACCUAAAAGAAGGAUAAGAGGUCACUUGAUCAAAGUCUGCAAAUACCUACAUGGAGAAGAGAGAGCUUUUUAAUCUAGCAGAGAAAGGCAUAGCUAGCUGAAGCUAGCCAAAGGUGCACAUUUUAAACUGUGAUGUGUUUAACCAUUGGAAGAAUAUUCCUAGGGAUGUGGUAAAUUUUCCGUUAUGUGAAAUCUUCAAAUCAAGAUUGAAUAUCUUACUAAAAGUUCAAACAGAAAAUAUAGGUUUGAUGCAGAGUUUAUUGGGUAAGGUUCUUUAUGUCUUUGUUGAAGGAGGGUCAGAUUUAGAUGCACAUACUGGUCCCUUUCUGUCCUUAAAAAUCUAUGAAUCUAUGACAGCCUGAUGAGAACAUAUCCUAUUUUAUUGUUAUUGAAUAGAUUUUAUUCAAACCUUUUGGGAGAAAUCCUGGGCCAGUUGAAGUAAUUUAUGGUUUUAUUGACUUUUGAAUGGGUAAAAUCCUGGUCUCACUGAAGUCAAUGGGGGUUUUGCCAUUGACUUGAAUAGGGUCAGGAUUUUGCCCUUUCAGUUUUGUAACUGAAAGCAUUUUUAAUUAUUAUAAAGACUAACAUCACCUGAACUGUCUAACUUCAAGAUAUUGUGGUUUUCUAGAAAAAUGUUUAUAUUUACCUUUUGAUAUUAAUUUUGCUGCAGUACACAUGUUCACUAAGUCACAUAAUCAGUUUUAUUCAUUAAAAAAUUAAAGGCUCGAUCCUGCAGUCCAUAUUCAAGCAAAGAAAGGAAUGCGUGUAUUAAUCCAUUUUUGUGUUUGUUGUCCAUUACUUUGGAUAAAUUACAGUCAGUCAUUUGCAAACCUAUUUACAGAGUUACUAAUAGUUUGGUGAAAUUAUAACCUAAAAUGUCAAUAUUUAUCCAUAGUAAUUACACUGUGGUAUCUGAAAUACUUCACAGAGUAGCAGUCAUGUUAAUCUGUAGCUACAAAAAGAACA